AUGACUAACGAUCGGUCGCUGCUGCUUCAAAGUGAUGUCGUCCUCUUCCACGUAGGCGCCCUCGUUGGCUUCUUCCACGACGUUCCUUUGCCAGACCAGCGCACACCUGAACAGGCGUGGAUCCUCUACAAUCUCAAGCCCCCUACGUGGGCCCCACUGGACAUGACGCGUUACAACGGCCUCUUCAACUGGACGGCCAGCUACCGCCUCGACUCCGAUGUACCCGUCUCCUAUGGCGGGUACAUCCAGUAUCCCCCACACGACAGGUAUCGACAGAACCUGUCGGUCAACUUUAACUACCACAAAGUUCUCUUUUCCGCCUGGAUCUCCAGCAACUGCUACGACUACAACCGGCGCCAGGUGUUAAUACGUCAGCUGAAGAAGCUGCUAGGCGACGACUUGAGCCUCUACGGAACCUGCGGAGGAAAGAGGUGUCCACAGACUUCCUGCUUCGACAUGCUUUCCAGAUACAAGUUUCUCUUCGCGCUAGAGAAUUCCAACUGCCGUGACUACGUCACAGAGAAGUUCUGGGGGGCGCUAUCGAGAAGACAGGUACCCAUUGUACUGGGAGGUGCAUCCAGCGAGGACUAUAGAAAAGUGGCGCCUCCCAAUUCCUUUAUACACAUCGGCGAUUUCCCCAGCCUGGAGCAACUGGUGGCUCACCUACGGAAGGUGGGUGCUGACAAAGCGCUUACAACGGUUACCUGGCCUGGACUCGUCACUACGACGUGUACAGCGAGCUGCUGGCGCGACGCCGAUGGUGGUGUGACCUUUGUCAGGCGCUACACAACAGCACCACACCUGCCCAGGUGUACACCGACCUGCAUGGCUGGUUCCACGAUGACGUCUGUCCUCAGUGGACGCUAAUGAACCAGAUCAUGCAUUCAUGCGAAUAGUCGA